AUGGGUGAUUUCAACUGCAUCACUGAGCCUGGUGAAAAAAGAGGAGGUAAUCCACAUAGAGUGGACAACAGUUUUCCUUUCAUUGACUGUAUAAACGAUUGUGAGUUGGAAGAUCCGGGGUAUACUGGAUCUAUAUUCACUUGGUGCCAUCAUAGAUGUCCAGCAGAGAGAGUUUGGAAGAGGCUUGAUAGGGCCUUGAUUAACCAGAAAUUGAUGAUGAACUUUCCAGACUCCACAGUUACUCAUCUAGUCCAAACUGGAUCUGACCAUGCACUCUCAUUAUUGAUGCUAAAGACUCCAAUAAUAGAUAUUGUUCAACAAGCUUGGGAUGAACAUGUGGAAGGUUCACCUAUGUGGAGGUUCCAUAUGAAGUUAAAAGCUACUUGCAAAAAGCUGUCUUGGUGGUCUAAUAAUAUUCUCGGUGACAUCUUUGAAGCCACAAAAACCAAGGAAAAACAAGUGGCUGACCUUGAAGAGAUCUGUCUUCAAGAAAAUUCAGGUGAGAAUAUGGAAAAGUACAAUGAAGCAAAUGCUAAGCUUAUCAGACAUUACAAGCAAGAAGAGUCAUUUUGGAGACAGACGUCUGGCAUUAAAUGGCAUGCAGAAGGAGACCUGAAUACUAAAUUCUUUCACUAUGUAAUUUCCUCUAAAAGGCAGAGAUUGAAGUUGAAUAAAAUAAAGAACAGCCUGGUUAAGUUUUAUGAACACAUCUUUACUGAUGAUAAUGUGAAUAGGGAUAUGUUUAUGGUACAAAUACUCCCUUCACUAGUUACCAAUGAAGAUAAUGAUAAUCUAUGUGAUAUUCCUUCUAUGCAAGAGCUCAAAGACAUUGUUUUCAGCAUGAGCACUGAUAGUGCCCCUGGACCCAAUGACAUGUCAGGCUUGUUCUACCGUCAUUGGGACAUUGGACUUACAGGGUUUAUGAAAGAAAGAUCUAUUACUGAGAGUAUUACCUUGGCCCAGGAGAUGAUUCACAAUAUGAAUAAACAGGAUCAUGAUUCUAAUAUGGGUAUGAAACUUGACAUGACCAAAGCAUAUGACAGAGUCUCUUGGACUUUCUUAUGUGAUGCUCUCAAGAAAUUUGGCUUUUCUGACAAAUGGAUUAAUAUGAUAUGGAGAGUCAUUGCAAAUAAUUGGUACUCCAUUAAUAUAAAUGGAACCAGACAUGGAUUCUUUAAAUCUUCUAGAGGACUAAAUCAAGGAGAUCCCAUAUCCCCUUCUUUGUUCAUAAUCUGUGCUGAAGUGCUCUCAAGCAACCUGGAAAAUUUGGUGCUGAACAACUUUGUUCCUUUCUCUUAUGAUCCUAUGGGCCCUAUCAUUACUCAUUUAAGUUAUGCUGAUGACACCAUUCUUUUUACUUCUGGGAUUUUAACUCUAUUAGUAUGA